UGGACUGCAGCUGGAGUCAGUGCUUCAAGAACCACUACACACAGACGUAUGCAAGACAUGGGUUUCAGCUGUCGCAUUCCUUGUAGGCCUGGGCGAAAAAUCGAUUGAAUGAAUUAAUUCAAAUUUUUUGUUGCGGCAAUUUAAAAAAUAAGUAAAUCAAGUUUUUGUGUAAUGGUGCAUUUUUGGCUCCCCGGAGCUUCCGUAGCAUUAGUUUCACAUAGCAGUAUGGCAAGCGACAACAACAACAUCAUAGCACACACGAAACAGCAACAGCAAGCGACAACAUGGCUACAGGUGAGAGGGGGAAGUUUGUUCCCAAGAAAGGAAUAAAAUCAUCUGUUGUUUGGAACUGGUAUGGGUUUGCUGCGACAGACGUGGAGCAAGAGACCCCACGCUGCAACAUUUGCCUAAAGCUCAUCGCAGUCAAAGGCAGCUGCACCACAAACCUAUUCCAGCACCUGAAACAGAGACAUCCAGCCGAAUAUGAAAAAUGCCAGUCUCUCCGGGACAAACAAAACCGCAGUGACCAACAAACCUUAGCUAAAAAACAGCUAACUGUAGCCGAAUCCUUUGCACAAGGCACCGCAUAUGACAGGAAAGGGGCAUCGUGAAGAACAAUCACCGAAGCGGUCGCUUUGCACAUAGCCAAAGACAUGGUACCCAUAUAUACCAUGGAGAAGACGGGGUUUAUUAAUUUGAUUAAAACCUUAGACCCCAGAUAUGAGCUACCCAGCCGCAAGUACUUCAGUGAAGUCGCCUUGCCCCAGCUGUACAACAACACACGAGAGAAAGUCAGCAGAGAACUGGAGGAGCUGUCCUUUUAUUCGGCAACAACCGACAUGUGGUCCAGUCGGACUAUGCAACCUUAUAUGAGUUUAACGGUGCAUUUCAUUAACAAUGCGUGGGAUUUGCGGAGUAUUUCCCUCCAAACGUCAUACUUUCCCGAGGACCACACCGGUGAACUUGUUGCCAAGGGACUGAGAGACGCUCUCGACUGCUGGAACCUGUCUGAGAAUCGUCUAUGCUGCAUGACAACUGACAGCGGCACCAACAUGAUUAAAGCCCUGAGAGUGAACGGAUGGCCAAACCUCCAGUGCUUUGGACACAAACUACACAACGCUAUUGAGAACGGUGUUAAGGAUCCCCACAUAGAUCGUGCCAUUGGAGUUUGCAAGAAGAUAGUCGCUGCUUUUUCCUACAGCUGGAAGAAAAGAAGAGAGCUGGGUGUAGCUCAGUCAGAGCUUGGCCUUCCCCCUCAUCAGCUAACAACAGGAUCCCCAACCAGAUGGGGCUCCCGCCAAAAGAUGAUCGAGCGAUUCCUGGAACAGGAGAAGGCUAUAGCCCGUGUCCUGAGGUCUGAUGUUAAAAGCCGCCAUCUUGUGCCCUCUUGGCAAGACAUCGAGGUUUUGCAGUCAGUAAACAAGGCGGUUAAAGCACUCCAAGACUUUACAGAUGCGCUAUCAGGGGAAAUGUAUGUCAGUGUCUCAUAUAUCAAGCCUGUUAUCCAUCUGUUCAAAACCAGUCUUUUGCAGCCUGAGGACAACGACACGGAGCUUACCAAAACAAUAAAAAGGAACAUACUGGGAUAUCUUGUUGACAAAUACAGUGAUCCUGUCAAGGAUGAGCUCUUGGACAUGGCCUCUCUGAUGGAUCCAAGGUUCCGGGCAUCCUACAUCGACCCAGACAUGGUGGAGAAAGUCAAAAGAAGAGCUGUCAGUGAACUUCUUUCUUUCCCCGCUGACAAAAGCACACCACAGCCUGGUCCAGUUGUGCAGGUGGACCAGGAAGAGGCAAGGCCUCAGCCAGACCCCAAGAGGAAAAAGACCUUAGCAACCUUCUUCAAGAAGAGUGUUGUUGUGCCAACAUCUGACAAGUCGGAAGAAGCUAAAAUAAAGACUGAACUGGUAACCUAUCUGCUCUUGCCAGAGGCAGACCCUGACACUGAUCCACUGCAGUGGUGGAAGAUCCAGCUUCUCAAGGCUCAGUCACCUGGCCAAGAAAUACCUCAGUAUCCCUGCAACAAGAGGCUUUUCAGUGUAGGCGGAGGAGUUGUCACAUGCAGCAGAGCUUGCCUCAAGCCAGAGGCAGUGGACAGGCUGAUUUUCCUUGCCAAAAAUGUUUAAAUGUUAUUGACAGCAACUUAAGCACAUAUCUCAUGUUCUGCACCUCAACCAAAAUGUGAUUUUUCUUUCCUGUUCAUACAUUCAGGGACACAAAUGAAAAAAAAAUAUUUUUUUAAAGCAAAGUUUGCACUUCAUCAAUUUCAGUUGGAGUUGAUGUAUUAUUUAUUUUGCACAUUUUGUACUCUGCUAAAUUUUUGUUUACAUUAGUAUUUUACCCAAGACAGAGGUGUUGCCUCUUUAUGUUGUUAUUUAAAAUUCUAUGCAAAGUGCAAUUAAAGACAGAGUAUUUUUUUCUGUUUUUGGUUUGAAAAAUUUAAUUCUGCUAAGAG